AUGUCCAAGCCAGAUCACCUCCAGAGAACUACAGCGGACCCGCGAGACAAGUCGCUCCACACCGUCAUCCUCCAACACAUCCAGGACGUCAACGACACAACGCGCAUCUUUCGUCUAGGAAUUCCACGCGAUUCUCCUCCUAUCCGCUUUCUACCCGGUCAAUGGCUCGAUGUGUAUAUCCCAGGCGUCGAGACUGCCGGCGGAUUCACCAUCACUUCGACACCACAGCAGGCGCGCCUAGCGCACCCUCCAGUCGGUGAAGGCGAAGAUUCUGCCGGCGAGAAAAAGGCGCCGCCGAAGAGAGAAGAAGGUCCAUUCCUCGAGCUAGCGGUUCAGAAAUCGCCGGAGAACCCGCCGGCCGCCUGGCUGUAUGGAAGUUCCAGUGCUAUCAUCGGCCAAGAGCUCCGCGUGCGCGUCGGCGGUGGCUUCGUGUGGCCACCACCAGGCAUCAACGUGCGCUCGUUGCGGCGCGUCGUCUUCGUCGCCGGCGGCGUCGGAGUGAACCCUCUCGUCUCGAUGCUCUCUUCCCUUGCUUCUUCUUCUUCUUCUUCGGCCGCCGCACCCGCCCUGGAAGUGCGGUUUCUGUACUCGGCGAAAGACCCCGGCGUGUCCGAGGGGAGCGCAGGUAGAAAUGCCCGAAACAUACUCUUCCUCGAGAGGAUAGCGCAAGUCUUCCACGAGGGACGCGUCAAAGGGGAACUGGAGGUCUUUUUGACGGGCGGGGACACCGAAGAAGACGCCGACACGGAUGGUGAGAAGGGGGACAAGGACAGAAUUACAGUUGCUGGGAGGGACAAUGAGACUAAGGAUGGGAAUAAUGAUCAGGGUAAUUUUACGAUUGCCUUCCACCAACGCAGGUGUACCGUUGACGCCGACGUUGCCAAGGCCGUGGGCAAUCCACGAUUCGCCGUUGUGUACGUUUGUGGCGUUCCGACCAUGACGGAUGACUUCGUUGCCAAGCUCACGGGUGGUGAGGCUGAGGGCGGUCUGAGUAUAGAGCCUCAUCGUGUCUUGUGUGAGAAGUGGUGGUAG